ACYGGCGAGGUCAGUCAGUCGACGGCAUCCACUCGUCUAUGAACCGUAUCGUCCGGCGUAACGUCGUUGUUUAUCUAUCGUUUUCUCGUCGUAGUCGAUCGCGCAUAUUUUAUCCGUGCGCACAUCUUCCGGUCAGUUAAAAAUAAUUAUUAUUACGAAUUUCGACCGUUUUUUUUACCAACCUUGGCGAAACAUUUGUUUUCAUUUUUUGUUCGUCGUUAAUAAUCGCGGUGUGCAGUGGCGGUAGUUAACCCGAACGUAAACCUAUGUGGCUGUACAAAUAUCGGUACAAAAGCGCGGGUGAACCAUCGAGGAAAUGACCGUCGCCGCGAUUUCGCGGUUUUCGCCCGACGGACACGGUGGUGUCGCGGUCCGGCCGUCACGCCGUCCCCGCUACGYCUUCGAGACGACGACUGCUGUUCUGGUGUUUGUGUCGCUUUUCCUGCUGGGCCUGGCCACGGCGUCACGUGCGUCCGACAGCUGUGAUUGGAGUGGAAGCGGACUGACGUCGGAUUCGUCAGAGCACUCGGUGCGGCCCGUCCGACUGGACCGGUGCUGGGCGGGCAGGGUGCGCUGGUCGUACCCGCGUGGCGCGCUAAGGGUGGUGUUCCGGUUGACGGGCACCAGUGGCGGCCGCGAGUUCCGCGUCUGCCUCAAACCGGACAGGCUGGACGGCGUCCGCGUGCUGUUGGACAGCGCUCCCCGUCGCCUGAUCGCCGUAUACGAUUACCGCAAGGCCGGCGAGCCGCUCAGGUCGCGGUGCUUCAAGAGCGUCGGCGGCACAGCCGCGUUCUACGUGGAAGCGGACAAAACUGGCGGCGACCGGUCGGGUCCCGUCAGGUUCCGUUACGAUCUCGAACCACUCGCCGAACCAGCGCCCCAACUGUUCGUGGCCGACAACCUCGACGACGAGUGCCGGCCGUGUACCGUAGAAGAAAUGACACAAGCUUACUGCACGAGUAGUUUAGUGGUCCAAGGCACCAUAGUGGGCGUGUCUUACGACGGUGAUGUGUCGCGCGUGCGCGUGAUGCCCACCAAAGCGCAUCGUCUGCCGCCUGAAGAGGACGACCGUGUGGUGGUGCAAGUGUCACCGCCGCAGCAGCAGCAGGAGGACGAAAGCGGACGAUUGCGGCGCGAUGACCGGCCGAUGACCAUAACGUUCGGCCGGGGUUGCAGACCUGCCGCCGGGCCGGGAGAGUUCGUGUUCAUGGCCCGUACCAAGUUCGACGAGUUGGCCCUGCGGUGUGCGCCCAGGCUGGAGGAAUGGAGGCAAGCCGUCAAGGCAGACAAAGCUCCCGGUUGCAUUCUGGCCGGUUGACCUUCUGAAGUACAUCAUAUACAUAUAUUAUACGUUCAUAUUAUAUAAAUAUAUAAUGUAUAAAUAUAUAUAUAUGUCUAUAUAGGAUAAGAUAGGUACUGUACGGUCGUGAUAAAUCAUAUACUUUAAGUAUUAUGCGUACAGUACCUAAGUAGGAACUGUUAUAUAUUACAUACUACACAGGGUUACCAAAACCGUUGUUGAAUUACGUUGUUUACAAACUAUUUUUAUUUUUUCAAAAGUCAUGUUAUAAUAAUAUUUUAUUUUGUAUAGAAUACGUGUAAAAAUAGCCAUUUUAGCUUUAUAUAUUAUAGCCAUAUAAAGGCAAUGUAUACAUUAAACUAGACGCUUAAACAAAGAUCGCUAUAAUUGCAAUAUUGGCUACCUAUGUAUGUAAAUGAUAAUCGUUCCGUAAACGAGCAAUAAUAUAAUCUUAUAGUUAUUAAUGCUGUAAAAGUUCUUUCGAGUUUGCAGAAAAAUACGUUCAACCGGAUGGGCCCAUCAGAGAGGGAGGAGUAGGAGUAUAGGAAAUGAUGGACAAGGCUAGUAUACAUAUUAUAUAUUAUUAUAUAGUUUCCUUAUUGACGCGUAGAAGAAAGGUUCUGUGGCUGUGAUCUGAAACUUUUUACGUAAAUAUUAAAAACAAAUUCAAAAAAAUUUAAUAAUAUACAAUACAUAUACUCUUAAUUAUUGUACAUUAAAUAUCGGCGUCAAGUCUUAUAAUGUGUAUGUGUAUGAUAUAGAGUGUGUAUUAUAGAAAUCUA